CUAUAAUAUAUUUAUAUUUUUUCUAUAAUCUAAUUGCAUUUCUUUAGCUCAAGAAUUUAGUUUCAUAGCUAUUAGCAGAAAACCUUCUAGUGGUGAAUGAUGGCAACUUUAUCUCCUCUGCAGACUACUUUUUCAGGAAAUUCAGCCAAGAUUUGCGCAGUCUCAGGCUCUGGCUCAUUCGCUCUAUCGAAACCUGCGGGCUCAAGAGUGGCAUCGUGGAAUUGUAGCCAGAAGAAAAAGAACAAGAGAUCAUUGACAGUAGUUGCAGCAGUUGGAGAUGUAUCAGCUGAUGGCACAACUUAUCUAAUUGCAGGUGCAGCUGCUAUUGCCCUAAUCGGAACUGCCUUUCCCAUCCUGUUCUCCCGCAAGGAUCUGUGCCCGGUGUGUGACGGAGCGGGUUUUGUGAGGAAGGCAGGAGGAGGGGUGUUGAGGGCGAAUGCUGCUAGGAAAGACCAGGCUCAGAUUGUUUGUACCAACUGCAAUGGCCUUGGCAAGCUCAACCAAGUUGACAAAUAAGUAUCAAUUACAAUUGCAUUCUACUGUAUCUGUAAUUCAGUAUUCUUACAUCCUGUGUAAUAGAUUUGUUACUGUAAUCAAGCCUCAUUCUCUCUCCUUUGUCCUUUCUUUCUUACUAAUAGAGUGAUCAUGGCUUGAGAGACUUUUUUUUAAGAGGUGGCUUGAGAGACUUAAAUAUGUGACGACUUAUAUUUUGUUAA